CAAGAUUCUUAAAAAUUGUCUGCUAAAAUGCUACAAGUUGCAUCAUUUGACAAUUAUCAACGUUGCAUCAUAGACCAUUAAUUGAGGGUCCAAUCAAUUACAUAAUUAACAGAACUGUCAUCAAUUAAUUAAGAAAAAAAUGCCCCAACUGAUUAGGUUAUCGAUCUGAUUGAUUUCACCAUCCUCACUCAGUUUCCAAUUAUUUAUGUUAAUGAUAAACAAUAUGUCGGACAGGAAUCGAAAUCAACAUGUUAUUUUGAUGAAAUAAGGAUGAUUUAACAAGAGAUUCUAACAACAUGUAGUCUAAACUACAAUAAUGGUAUGCUACCAGAAAGUGGGCGUGGCCUACUAGGUGUUUUUCUGGUUCCUGGUAGCAGAAAUGGAUUACAAUGAUAACAGAGAAUGUACUGAUGUCAUUUCUACAAUAAACCAGGGAUUGGUUGGCAAAGCCUGGGCAGGUGGAACCCAUGUGAUAACAGGAAAUAUUAACCAGCCAAUCAAAUUUAAUUUAACAAACAUGGAAGAAAAGAUCUGUGAUAAUCAAGUGACCAAUGAACAGAAAAGUGAUGCUGAAAACGAACAGGCUCAAGUGGACAAUACAAAACAAAUAACCAAUAAGAUUCUUAACAAGCCAGAGUUGAAAUUUGUGUCCAAUCCUGUCACUUGGCAACAAAUGUCACCUAAAAAGGAAAAGAAAGGGUCCUCGAGCGGGAGCAGUGAUUGUUCAUCAUCAGGCGAAUCACACGCUAGUGGACUAAAAACUUGGGCAAGCGUAAAAAAAACUAGUGUGGAAAACAUGGAAAUGAAAUCUAAUUCUAAUUCUGGACAUAGUAGUUCUACAUCAUCGUCUUCCUCUGGUGGGAGUCCAACACGGACAUGGUCCUCAAUCAAACAGGAGGCUAAUAAAAAUAACGUUGCAAAUUGGAAAGAGGGUUCUCCUACGAAAAAGUGUUUGUCAUGUGAUUCUCAGGAUAAUGAAGUCAUAAUGAAAAAUUUACAAAAUAGUCCUGAUCAUACGACUACAGGAAAAUUGGAUGAAAAUAGUGGUUUGGACAAUUUUUCAUUCAGUUCAAAAACAUCGCCAAAUCAUAGUGAUAAAAAAAUUCUACGAAAAACAGAUUCUAAUGAUUGUGAUAAUAGUAGUACAAGUUUACCACCAGGUGGAGCUUCACAAGAAGAGGGAUUUAAUAAUGACUACUUCUAUGAUGAAGAUUUCACAGUGCAAUUUGACACAAACUUACGUGAAUCUUCACCGCCAAAUUGUACAUGUCCCGAUACUUCAGACGAAGUUGAAUUUCCUAACAUGGUGACAGGAAGUUAUUUGAGCUUUAAAAAUGUGAAAUCGUCGGGAAUAGUGAAUCAAGAUGGACAUGAACUGUUUUGUCCAGAGGAAUCAGAAAUAUCGGUGAGUCAUCAUUCUCAUAUGGACGUGUCAACUAGUGAACGGGAAAUGAUGUGCUCCAGUGAUAUGUUAGAAUUUAGUGACAAUCCGCUGUUCACUCCACCAUUGUCUGGUGAUGUUCAUAUGGCAUCGCAGGAAGACUCAACCGAUAGUCUGGACAAAGCUGGCAAAGAGAAAAUCAAUCAAGAUAUAAAUGGAAGUCAGACUUCUAGUGAUGGCAAUUUAAAUUUAGACUGCUUUCCACGAAAAGAAGAAUACUUUUUGUCAUUUGAUGGUUCACAAGGUCACACAGAGUCAUAUUCUGAGCAAAGUAACUCAAUGAACUCAAACUGCUCAAGUCAAGGUCAGAACAGUUACAGUCAGAAUCAUAUAAAUGUUUGUUCAAAUGAAGACGUUGGUGACGAGUCAUCAGAAAGCUUUCACAUAUGUAUGGCAGGCAAUGCAUACCAUAAAAAGCCAGCUGUUGGAAGUAGACUUGCUAAAUUCCAAACUCUGACAGCACUACAAGAGCAAACGAGUGAGUUGUCUGGAUCUAGUGAAUAUUCUGAUGAGAAACCUUGUAGUGAACCAGUUACCUCCCCUACCAAGAGAACAUUUAGAAGGUUAUCGCCAUCAAAGGGGAGACAAUUCAGAAUAGGUCAGAAAAUUUGUUUUGCUUGUCAUCUAAAUAAUUCCUGUGGAGAUGACCAUAGUUCUCCUACAAGGUCAAGGUCAAAGAAUAAGACUGUUACCUCAUGGAAGCAAGUUAAAAGUUUGAAAAAGUUAGGUAAACUAGACAAUAUCUUAGAUCCAUCACGGAGCAGGAGUAUGCCUGAUAUAUGUUUACGUACUUGGGGUUCUGGAUCAUCAUUAAGUUGCCAUGGACAUGAUGUUCAGAAAAUUGCUGAAAGUUUUCAUUGUAAGCGACAUUCUGCAUACCUGUUGGAUUUAUACCAGAGAGUUAGGAACCAGUCUAAUCCAGUCUCUCCGGAAUGUAUGGCAAAUAUUGAACAAAUUCUGUUCCAUAAUGUGAUCUGUAAAGAACAGAAGUUAGGGAACAGCUCACAUAUAUGUGUGUUCUGUGGUGCUGGUUCUGAUAACACGUUGACAGGAAGUCAUCAGGUUCAUGUGAGCAAGGAAGGAAAGCUGGGAUAUUAUACAAACAAAAGAAUCCUCGAUUGGCUAGAUAAAGACAAGUUAGAAAAUAAAUCUCACAAGAGUUGUCAGACGGAAAGUUUAACGCAAAGUAAAGAUACAGCAGUGUCUCCAACAACCGUAACGCUAUGGUGUGGAACUAAAAACUUUGGUACUCAGUUUCCACCUUGUGCAAAAGAUUGUUCCAUUCAAACAAAUGUUCAUGAGUUGGAUGACAAUAUGAAGGAUUACGGUCAGCAGACGACACCCACAUUGGAGGGAAAACCUAUGAUACAGGAGGCACAUGUUAAACAUGUCAAAAAAGAUAAAAUAUUGGCACCAUCUAGACCAAUGAAUAACAUGAAUUAUGAGGAUGGAAAAUCUUUGGAUAAAAGUGACUUACUUAAACUUAUUUCUCAUGAUUUUAAAGAAAUUGAUAAACUUUUGCCACAGCAAGAAUUUGUUAAAACAAAACAUGGACCAAUUCCUAGAUCUAAAAGUGCUGAUUCUACGAAUAGAAAACAAAUACCUGUUGCAGGAAUGGGUUCUAAAUCAUUGUUUUAUUCACACAAAUCUCUACCAGACUUGAGUUUUAUAAACUUAAAACAUCUUGAAGAAAAACAGGAUGAUGGUUCAUUAAUGUCUCUGUUUGAUCCGUUACCAAUAGCAAUGCCAGUUCCUGUGUUUAUUCCAGCUGUUGUCAAUAAUAGCAACAAGGUGACGAAAAGUCUCAGUACUAAGAACUCUUUUGAUAACUUAUCUCAUUCUUGCCGAAGUAAUUCAAAAACUAGAGGCAAAGGUCAUAGGUCACAUUCAGCACCAGCUAGAUCCCACAAUUCUAAUUUGAUUCGCAAUUGUCAGGAAUCUGAGACUAGUAGUAGCGGGUUCACAAGUUCAACAUCAUCAGGGAUUGACCCUGGAUACAGUGACAGAUGUAUGCACAAUAGUAGUCCAACAACUGACAUUGAAAGAUUGAUUUUUUACCCUCCUCAUGUGGAGAAUACAUGUAAGGGAGACAACUUGAGUCAGAACUUAAGUGAUAGUGGCAAUACCAGUUUACAUCAAAAUCCAGAACGACAACGGCAGCAAUGGAAAUCAUCAAAACCAACUGAUAAAAAAGUUAAUCGUUAUGCUAAUGAAAUACAUCCUGGAAACAUUGAAACAAAAAAUAAAACAAAAACUGUAAAAAGUCCGGGAACAAAUAGCAAUACAAGUCAUUCUUCUUCUAACAGUUCGUUACAUUUGGAACAUCUCUAUUCUUUACAAGAGGAACAAACACCUGUCUCAUCUCCAGAAAGAGACUUAUGUCACCAUGAAAAUGACUAUCUCUAUGGAAAUGCAUAUUGUGUGAAUUGUUGUAAAGGUCGAGAACAAGGUCAUUGGGAGGAUGAGGAAGUUGUUGUUCGCAGACGUAAAUUUGAUUACCACAUUCAGUUAUCCAGUGAAUCUGGCUCAUCUGGUAGUGGCAGUUUCUUCCCAAAUUUUGAUAAGAAACCACUGAAAUCUUGUCUUCGUAAAAGACAGUUUUUACGUACAAGGUCAUUAUCAGAUCAUUUUGACCUUGGCAUACAAGAUGAACAAACAAAGGAAGAUCGUAAAAAGAAUAGACACUCCUAUGCAUGUGAAGAAAUAAUACUUCUUCAGGACGAAACUGGUGAAUAUUUUGUCUGUAAGAACAAUGAAGAUGAAGCUGAACCAGUUGUUUUCUAUCUUGAAGAAAAACAAGCAGACGACAAAGAGAAAACUGUUGUAAAAAUGCGUCCAAAGAAAGUGGAAGAAAAAUUAAAAGAUGCAGAAACUGAUUCUUGUGAGAAGGAAUUAAAUGGUAAAAGAAAGAGUGUCAGUUUUGCAUCAGAAGUGUCAUUCCAUGCAAUAAGUCCACACAUGACACCAAAACGACAACAAAACAGUGGUGGCAGUGAACAGGAAGUGAUGUCAUCAGAACAAGAGCAAGUCGUGUCAUCAGAGAAACAGGAAGUGAAAUCUUCUGAUGAGGAAAUUAACUCAAUAAAGAAUCCACAAGUAACUGAAACUGAGAAAUCAAGUUCAGACUCAGAUGAGGCUCCUCCUGCAGAAUUCCAGGUUUCUCCAACAGGGGAGGCUACUCCUACAAAUGAUCAAGUGGAGAAGACAGAUAAAGAUACAAAAAAAGUUUUAUUGUCAGACAUUAGCAGUGCUGCUGAAUCCCUAGUCGAACAUUUCGCUUCGGCCAAAAAUCCUUUUGACAAGCUUCGACUGGGGAGUUCUGCUGACACUCCGGACAUUGGUGACCUUGCUCUGUCAAGGUUGUGUCCUGCUAUUUAUAGAGUGAUAAAUGACGGCCUGAAACCACACCUCACAGGAGUUCAGGUGUUUGGACGAGUACAAGUGACUGCCUGGAAACUAGCAGAGGCUUCUGUUGAACAAGGUCCAUACACCAGAGCUAUUCAUGACCUUGUCCAGCAGCUUAAAGGUCACACAGGUCUUGUAUCUCAUAGCAACAAGUUUGAUGCAUUUAUAUUUGGUCUUCUAAAUUUGAGAUUAGUGGAUUACUGGAUGGGGUAUUUAAGACACAACAGUUCAAUCGUUGAAAAGUAUUACAAUCAGAAUUCAGUAAUGUCCCUUAGUGGAACUCUCUAUGAAAGGAAGUACAGUGAGGUACUGAUAUCACUACAACCACUAGCAGUAUUACCAUUUCAACUAAGCAUUGAAUUCAUCACAUCUCGUAUCAGUAUGCAGGGAUCAGAAACUACCUCCGUUGGAAAAGAUUCAAGUCCCAAGAAAGAUAACUCUUCUACGGAACAUUGCAUGAACGACUCGUUCUCGAAAGAGAAGGCAAUUAUAGGCGUCGCUGCUUCUAAAGCUUGGGAUUGGUUGAAAAAUGGUGCUGCAGCUAAAAGUCCCAGUGAUGAAAUCCCUAGUCCACCAGUUCUUAUGGGAAAUGUUAUGAUAUCAAGUAUAACUGGAAUUCUGGGUAAAUUAUCUGGUACUUUAAAAUCUGAAGACAAAAAAUGUAUACAGACGGAAAAAGAAAUUGUGGAAACAGGAGUAAAAGCAAAUGCAGAUGUGGAAAGACCAAUCAUGGCUACAGGAUUAGUUAAUAACCUACAGACUGAAAGUCCUCCUGCUAAACCACCCAGGACUUCUCUUAAAUUAGAACUGCCAAAGGAUGAAUCUACCAUGGAAGCAGCAGCAGUAGAUAUCACUGAGACAGGAAACCAGGACAGGAGACUAAGUGGAGAUAACUCUGUUAAAUCUUUACCUAGUGAUAGCACUGCAAUGAUGAGUUCUUUCAGUGGUAUUGCUGGGAAACUCUUAGGAAUCAAUACAGAAAUGCCCAAGAAAAGGGAUCCUACAAAACCACUUCCUGUUAAGAAAGAAAAGUCAGAUAGUACCGAUGUUGAUCUUGAGAAAACAAAAUCAGGAUUAAUUAGACUCUUUGAUAAAUUACUUUUGCCCAGAGAUUCUAGCAAAAAGGAGCAGAAAUUAAAAUCAAGAUGGAGUUGGGGUUAUGGUCAAGGUCAACAGGUUAAACCACUAUCAAUAGCGACAAAAACUGUUCCAGAAAAGAGUGAAUUAAAGUCGCCAGGGCAGUCAACACACAGUAAGCUACCAGCAUAUACAGGGAAGGGAAGUAACUCACAGACAAAAAGUGCCACAGCAGCUGUCCCAUCAAAACUGGUACCUAGAAUAACAACAAAAUUAAGUAGGUCCAGUAUGAAAAGUUCUGACAACAGCUUAAAGAUGUCAAAUAAUAGUCUGGAAAAACAAAAGGAAAACUCUGGGAAAACAGUAAGGGAAAAAUCUGUCAUGAAGAGCAAGGUACCAGUCAGAAAAUCAGCCAGUCAAAAAACAGUCAAGGAAAAGUCAAAACCAGUGGAGCAAAAAAGUGAUAAAGUGCCAAAAGAAAAUAAAUGGCAAGGGGCAAUAACUCUUAGUGCAUCAUUGGAGGAAGGACCAACUCUCAAAGCACCACCAUCAGUGACACAAAUGGUGGCGAAAUUUGAGAAUAAAAUUGACAGAAUAAGUAUUGAAAAGGACGAAGAAAAUGGUGAACAGGAAGUGCCUCAAGGGAAUUCUGAUAAUAUUGUCAAGGAAACGUACAAAGAUGCCGUGACUUCAGACAGUACAGAAAAUACAUUACACCUCAGUGAUGAAAUCAAUUGUAACUCGCCAAAUCCAAAUGUAGCAACGAUUUUAGAACUAGAUGCAGAAAAUCAUCUAAAAACUGCUGAUUUAGGCUUUAAAAAACCAAACUUCAGGUACGUACAAUCAACCAAAGACAGUGAACAAUCAGGAGGGGAUUUCUCAUACCAUGCUGGCGACCAUUUUGAAGUGUUGGCACAGCUUGAUUCUGAUUGGUUGUAUUGUAUAAAUGGGAAGAAAGAAGGUUUAAUCAGACAAGAACAUGUUCGACCAAUCACAGACGAGGAAGAAUUUAAAAAACUCCAUGGUGAUUUUUACAGAUAAAUUUUUCAUUGAUUGUAUUAUCAUCUUUGUUUACAUGCAUUAAUUAUUAAAUAUAAUGUCAUUUAUUUGAGAAAUCAUUUUGAAGCAUUGAGAAUGUUAGCAUUAAAUAUGUGAAGUGAACAGGAAUUUAACACACACAAUUACCCACAACAGUGGACACUGUAUUUUAGACAUACAUGUUUUCAUUUACAAAGAAUAGCAUGUAUUCAUAUGCUAGUUAAAUAGAUACUGCUGUCAUGCUUUUGCAGGCUACAGUAAAUUAAAAUUUUGAUGGCUAGAUUUUAUGAUAAAAGAUAUAUCUCAUGGAGUCAUGGGGCAAUAAAAUAGUUUUUUUCAUCUGAUAACAAUAUUAUAGUAAAUUCUGAUAGUUUGUUUUCUCAUUUUUCGAAAGCCUAGCUUGAGGAAAGCAUGCAUCAUCAACAUGUUACAAGAAUGUUCCUGAACUUGUCAGAGCCAAUGAA